CGACUUGCAAUUCUUCUCGUGCGCGCCGCGAGAAGACUAUCAGAGAAAAAACAAUCUUGAGUGUAAGGAAGUCACCCAGCCGAAACUGGCGCUGCGCGAAGGGAAGUGCAGGGCACAUGCAGCGUCGGCAUGCCGAGCAACACCUUCUCAACCACACAGCCGCUUACUGUUGUCGUACGAGGCUGUCAUGGUCCGCAGCUCGGACGGACUCCAAGAUUCAUGUUUGGGAUGACAAGUGCCUUUAUCGAAAAUUAUCACAAUGGCUACAAAAGGUAGCAGCAAACUCUGUCAGCUAGACAUCGAGCGCAACUCUCGCUUCAUGCACCAUUCGAUUGACUCUGCCGCUGACCAAAUACGCCUAGUUCGUGUCUUUCCAAGCGUUUUUCCGGACCCAAUCUGUGCUGAAAUAAGAGGUACAAACCCUUUCUACGAGCACACUUACACAGCACUCUCGUAUCAGUGGGGAGACGCCAGAGUGGAAGACGAGGCCACACAGAUACUGCUAAACGAGCAGAUAUUCUGGGUACGAAGCAAUCUGUGGGAAUUUCUCAAUCGUGUCCGGGUCGAUCCUCUACUGUACUAUCGUCUGUUCUGGAUAGAUGCAAUCUGCAUCGAUCAGAAAGCAGACAACAACUCCGAGAAAAGCUCGCAGGUCGCCAUGAUGGAUCGUAUCUACACCAAUGUACACAAGGUGCUUUGCUGGCUUGGCGAGCCGACGAAAGGAUUGGAGUUAGACCUAAUAGACCUUCGCAUAUAUCUCACCAAGGCGACGACUGCGGAAAAGGAGACCUGCGCCCUGCGAGGCUUGAUAUAUCUCAUGAGUCGACCCUACUGGAUAAGGCUAUGGAUCGUUCAAGAGGUGAUCCUGGCGCGACGACUCACGCUCAUGUGCGGGACGUUCUUUUACAGCUGGGCUUCUAUAUCGGAUCUUUAGGAUGACCGACACGAAAAGCCGGGCCGCUCGAAUCUUCUCUUGGAUUUUGAUGAGCAGAUGUUUGCUGUGCUGCAAUACACAGGCAAGUUUGACGCUUCUGAGGGGGCAAAGUUACAGUCUCCUCUCGAUUCGGUGAUUGAUUAGGGAUAUGCUCAAGAUGUCAUUCAUUGGAGUCGUCUUGUGGGCCCCCCGCGUCGUCGUCCAAAUACGGACAUCUGGCUCUGCG